AUGUCUGAAGUCCAGAAGCCCAUCGAGGAGACGCCCGCCGUCGUCCCAGAGACCGUCACCGCCGUCACUGUCCCCGCUACCGAGACGCCCGCAGCCACCGAGCCCGCGGCCGCUGCUACAACCACUGAGGAGCCCGUCAAGGUCGCCGAAGAGACUCCUGCCGCUGCUGAGGAGCCGGCCAAGGAGGAGACCGCUGCUAAGGAGGUCGUCCCAGCCACCGACGGCCAGCUCGGAUACAAGGCCCCAGGUCUCGUCAAGAGCUUCCGCUUCGUCAAGAGACACUUCUGGUUCAGCGACGAGGCCGUCGAGAGCAAGCAGCUCACCUCGUACUUCCAGAAUGAAAAGCUCAGCACUGCUCACCCCAACGCUGCCUGGGCCAGCCAGACCGGCAAGGGCCUGCUCUUCUUUGCCAAGCGUGCCGAAGACAAGGCCACUCCUGCCGGCAUCAUCAACUUGGUAUGUUAUCUUCCCAUCACAUCAAAAUCAAAAAAGAAGCAAAAAGAAUCAAAAAGAACCGGGCAAAAUACGAGAGCAAAAAGAACGGGGCAAAAUAUACAAAAACAAGGGGCUAAAGGGGUCAUGUAA